GAGUGCUGAGGUUUACGUCGACCGUGCUCCAUCUCCUCCAGCAAGCCAGGCAGCUGCGGAAGUUGCGCCCGGGGAUAACGGCCAGGCAGGAUAUCGUCAAAGUUCCAAAGGCCACAGCCUUCGAGAAUCUGGAUGGCAGUCUGGAGGCCGACCUCCUCGCGGAGGAGCCACUUGUACAGGGACCCGGCAUGCUGACCGUCACUGUGCCAACAGAGGCAGUGCCCAGGUUCCGGGAGUGGCUGGGCCACCUCCGAUGCAUUGCGGAGGUUGAGGCGGAGAUCUUCCCGGCAAACGUCGGGCAGACGGAGUGGGAGGGGGAGGUUCCCAGAUACUUGGAGAUCACCUGCCCGAAUGGGCAGCACGUGUGUGCUGGGAAGUACAGGCGCCUUGCCAGAAAGAAGGUGAACAGUCAGCCCAUUUGGAAGAAGGUCGAUGCCAAUCGAUGGGUUUACAGCGGCACAGAUAGCACGUGGCUGGUGGGUGGAGUGAAGCAGCGAGACAUGGAUUUCAUGUGCCGCUCCGGCCUGCUGCACCAGGCCAAAGUCCACGGAGGACACCUGCCACACAGGCUGGAGCCAGGUGGCUGGCGGCGUGUGGACGGGAGUGGCUGGGUCCAGGACGCAGACAUCUCCAUUACCGCCUCCCCGGUGAUGCAGCCAGGUGCUCCGGUCGUGGUGGUCGAGGGGCUACGAGAGGGCCGCUUCGGGCGAGUGGUAAGCAGGAGAGAGGAGUCAGAAACAGGCGCUGUCUUCUGGACAACUCGCUUCUCAGAUGGCGAGGAGGAACUCGGCGAUGAGCUGCUGGAAGUUCGGGAGCUCCAGUCUGGAGAGGUGUGGCUCUCUGUGGCGGGCGCUGCUGCGCCCGCGAGGGCCGCCUUGGCGGCCGAGGCCCUCUCCGGAACUUUGCUCUACCGGCCCAUGGCUUCCGAGUCCGAGUCCCCCGAGGUGGCAGAUGCGGCUACCGACAUCCUGCUCCCAGAAGAGCUUCUGGAGAAAGGACAAGCUGAGCUUCACAGGCUCAUGGAGAAGCACCAGGUCAUCUUCGGCUUCCUCAAGUCAAGUUCAGACCCGAAGGCGAGCUCAUGGCUGCGGCUGCUGGUCUUCAGCUUUGAUCCGAAACCAGGGAUUCUGGCGCUCCUGCAGCUCACCGAGGAGCUGCUCCCCGGUCGGCUCGAGCGGAUGCCAAUCAUGCCAACCAGCUCUGCGAAACGGCUUGGAGCCUCUGCCUUGCGUACCCCCGUCUACGGCGGCGAAGCGGCCUUGGCCCGAUAUCUCCGGAUCCUCCCGCGCUGCCUCGAGGUACUCUCUGCACCCGUGGGACUCGUGAGCCUCCUUGUCGGGCCUCUUCCGGCGCGUCAGGUCGGCCAAGCAUUCCUCGAGAUGGUGCAGAUGUGGGCACCGGAGGUGCCCCAUGAGCUUGAAGCUUUCGCGGCCAGCAUCAGAGUGCCACAUGCUGCCGCGGAGGCUGUGGAGAAAGAGUCGGCGGUCUGGUGCAAGCAAACCGAUUCCCAGACCGACAGCCAGAAACUGAAAGCGGAGCUGGAGAUGGACGAGGAGGUCAGGCCCGGAGUAGAAGUUCGUGCCGUCUUUGAGGACGGCGAGUGGUACGACGCAACGGUCACGGAUGUCGAUGCAUUGAGUGGGAAGGUGGAGAUUCGCUGGAGGUGUGAUUCCAGUACGUCAAGGAUUCCUCGGCAGGAUGUGAAGCCCAAGCCCUCCGCGGAGUCUAAGAGAAGGCAAAAGCACGAAAAUUGGCUCGCCUCGGCUUGGCGACUGGCGGUCUUCGGACCUUUGCGAGAGCGGAAGAUUGUGGUUGUCAAGAUCGCGACCAUUGUCGAGGAGCAGUGUCCUGGCCUGUGGACCACUGAGCUGCUUCGAACUACGGAGGAGCUCAGAGGAAGCGUUGGCGAGGACACUUCCAUUGAUAUCAAUGUCGUUCCGCUGUCCAGUCAAGGCAAGAGUAUCGAAGAGAGAGGCUUUCGACACUUGGCACUUGGCCGGGCCAGGUGCAGGGGCGUCCCUGCAUCAUCUCAAGAAGCAGCUGAAGGCAGGGGGGUGUCGAUGCACGACCUUUGUUCCCCGCCGCCUCCCGUGGCAGAAUGCCCUUUUUCAGGAAUUCGUGCGCCGAGCAAGCACCGCCGCAGGAUGCCACAUGGAGCUUCUUCGCCAGCUGCCCAGACUCGUUGGCCGCUAGCUGGUAUUACUCUCUGCUCACCUGGAUUCCGUUAA